UCUGGCACUUACUUGCGUUGUCUCCUGGCUAGAUCCUCGCUUGUGUUGUAUUAACUCUCAGAUGUACGUCGCUUUGGAUGAAGGCGUCUGCUAAAUGAAACUAACGUUGUUGUCUAGCCGAAUGUGCCGACGUUUGGUUGCCUUCCUUCCUUUCUGUCUGUUCGAGGCAGCAUGGGCGAUGCCCCUAUCAGGGAAGACGGUACUGUGACAAGACCAGCAAAGUACGUGGGCUCGUUUCCUGUGGAUGACUCUUGUUUGGACGACCAGAUUGAGCAGCUCCACUCAAAGUUAAAAUCACUCAGGACAUGCAAGCGGAGGAGGCCCGUUUCCCUGAAAUUCUCAGUCAAAGGCGUCAAAAUGUAUGAUGAAGAUGAGACGACCCUUCUGAUGGCCCACGCUCUUCGCAGAGUCUCGCUCUCCACCACCCGUCCCUCCGAUGCACAGUUUGCCUUCGUAUCCCACAACCCAGGCGCCCCGGACGUCCAGCUGUACUGCCACCUCUUCAAGGCCAGGCAUGCCAGAGCUGCCCAGUUCCUGAACCUCCUGCUUUGCCGCUGUUUCCAACUCUCCUACCUGGAGAAGCACCCGGACGAGGCCGAGGAGGAUUCUGUUGGUCCUCUGCCACGUCGAAGCCCUUCACUGCUCAACCAUGGCUUCCCUCUCAGUGUCAGCGCCCUUGUGUCUUUCAGAAGAGCCCCUUUUAGAGGAUUAUUUCCAGGGGCCAAGGCAAGUUCAAAGUCCUCUGAGGACCAGAUGAGCAACCAGGAGGAGGUCUUCAUCAACACCUCUCCCUCCCUGGUGCGCAAGAAAGCCAUCCGCAAUAAAGAACUGAGAUCAGGGGCGUACCGCUCUUUUACUUUCACCCCUCACAAACAGCGCAAUGUCCAGGAGCGACUCAGCGUACCACAAGGAAAGGACAAAGUGUCAGAGAAAAUAACUUGUGCCCCAAGCUUGGCCGAAACCGAAGACACGUUGGCACAUGCAGUCUGGUGUUGGGCCGGUAUUGCAACUGAUAGCGGCUCGUCCCUGCUUGAAGAGGAUGUCCUGGGGUCCUACCUCCUGUGCUACCAUCCCAAGAAACGCAACUGUGGCUCCCUCAUCAUUCGCCUCCCCUCCGGUCUGGUCACCCACCGAAUUGAGAACACCCGCAAGGGCAAAUUCUUGCUCGAGAAAUGCAAGACGGAAUUUGGCUCCAUAGCUGCCCUGAUAGAACACUAUACUGAGGCCCCGGGUGAGCUGGCAUGCCCCCUGAGCAGUGCCCGUGUGAACCACUGCUAUGAAUGGGAGGAGAGUACUUGCAAGCCGCAGGCUGCUGAAUUACGCAAGAGUCUAAGAAAGAGCAAUGCAAAAACUACCCAAAGAGGAAAAUGGGUUUGAACCCUGGACACUGGAAUGUGUAUUACCAAACUAUAAGUGACAACUGUGACACUUUUCUUUUUCCUUUUUUGCACAAAUGUAUCUACACUUUUUAACUUACAUCUGAUGUCUUUGUAAAAUACAGUGCACCUUUCUCUUAUUACUGACAUUGUUGGCACUUAUAUGUAAUAUACUAAGGAUGUUAUUAUUAUUAUUAAAUCGGGAUAGGCUAUUAAAUGUGGCCCUUUUUAAUGUAAAAGCUGUUUUUUUAAACUUUUUAUACAUCUUUUUUGUGUGAUAUUUUAAACCUUAGUUAUUGAAGGCACACACAGCAGAGCUACAAGUGCCUUUCCCCAAGAGCCAGGCCAAAAGAAGACAUUUGAUCAAACUUAAAUGUUUUUCAAAGUUUUACGGAGCAGGUUUCCUAUUUUUUUCUUUUUUUAUACUGUAUACCUACUUAUAGGUGACGUCUGAAUACCAAAAUGUAUGACUGAUAUAUUUGAAAUACAUUUAUCUGA